AUGAACCUUAAGAAAAAAGUAUCUUUGGCUCGUUCCAACCAAUCACAAUCAGUUUGUGAUCAAGAUGAAUUAAAAAUUGCAAAGGUGAAUGAUUCAUCUAUGGAGAAUGCUAAUAGGCAACGACAAGAACAAUUCUAUAUACGCAACAAUAAUGUUACUGCAUCAGACAAUAGUUGUACAAAUCAAAUAAACUAUUUUGAAGUCUGUUCAAAGGCAGCUAAACAGAUUAUUUCGAAAGAGGUAAAUAUCUAA